AUUCAGAAUCCCAUCCUCCCAGUAACCAUCUAAAUAAUAGUAAAAUCUUCCCAGGACUUUGGUUUCACUCGCUCAACCAAAAGUCCAUUACGGGAUAAUAAGAGAUUUUAUAUAUUCAUAUCCACCAGUAUGGCGCCCAACCAUCCCCAUCGCGCAUCCAUUCGCUCGUUCGGAAGCGCCCAUCCACCACCCAGUUACGAUACCCGCACCAAGGACGACUUCCAGUCGCAAUUAGAAGAAACCACUCAAAGACCUCCACGCUCGACCAGAUCGAAGAUAAUAUCUAAUGUAAUACUCGCCUUCACAAUCUCGCUGCUCCUACUUUCGUUGGCGCUCGGCAUCCUACUAUGCAUCGCGGGAACCAGUUCGUCCACGACCAACAACAAGUCAAAAAUCCUUCUAUCAGAUCACAACGUCCUGGAAAUCCCCAUAAAAUACGACUUCCUAUGCUCUCCGACCGAAUCAUUGCGAGAAUGUACCCCGGAGUGGUUCGUCAGGAUGUAUCUCGACGGCGUAUGGGCAUACCAUCACGACCCUAACACUCCGGACACUCCCUCUUCACUGCACCAGAUCCACGCCAGCCCGGGCAAGACCUUCAACCUGACCUCGAUCCUCACUAUCAUGGACUCGAACAUCCCUCUCCAAUCUUCCCAGGCGAGCCAAAACUACACGAUACCCACGCAACCAACCCUUCACCUCACCACCUCAGCCCCUAUCUCCACCCUCCCGACCUUCGCAGCCCUCCUGGUCUCUAUGUCCCUAACCCUCCUAACCACCCUCCUCCUCGCCAUUACCCCAACGAUUCUAUCAACCCAUCAAAAACGCCCCUUCGUCCUCAUUUUCACACUCCUCCCGUACAUACCCCUCAUCGCCGCCCUCACCUGCAACAUCUUCGCCCUCACCUACCUCCGCACAAAAGCCAGCGCCGUCAUAUCCCAACUCCUCACCGACACCCUCUACAGCGCCAGCCCCAACGGACAUCCCGAAGCCCACCUCGGUUCCCCCUUCCUCACCCUAUCAGCCAUCAGCAUCGGCGCACAAGGCCUAGCCCUCUUCUCCCACGCCUCAUAUCUCUACCUCUCCUCCCCCUUCUUCUCCUUCUCCCGUUCCCCUUCUUCCAGCGAAACGGCAGAAGAAGACCACCACGCCAUCGAACUCCCCCUCUCCCCACUGAAAGACCCCAAGCGCGCGAGCGCCGCCUCCAAAAAGAACGACGCGCCCCUCUCCGACGAAGAGCUCAUCCGCAUGGCGGAGCUCCAGACCCUCGAGACGCUCCAGUGGCGGCAGAGCCGAGACUCGAUAUCCGAGAUAUCGCGGCAGUCGUUCUCGCGGACGCCGGAGCGCAGGCUGAGUUACGUGCUCGAGCCGCCGAAGAGGUUGGUCAUUGGGGAUGAGGUGUUUGCCGCGGCGGGAGCGGGGGCGAAUGGGGGUGGGCAUGUGAGGAGGGGGAGUCUUUCGAGGACGUUGACGCAUGAUUCGGUUUAA